UCUCAAGUCGGCUGCAAACAGUUGUGGUCAUACAGCACCCUUACCAUGUUUUAGGAAGUAUAUCUCAAGGAGAGAAAAUGGAGCAGGUAGGGGAAUCAGUGGAUGAGUUACGAGAAAAAUUGUCAAAAAUGAAAAAAUUAAUGGAAGAGCGCAAAGGAUCUACAUUAGGAGAGCUUAGUGCUAGAAAGCGAAGAGAAACUUCUGACAUUAUUGAUGGCAACUUCCUGUCUUGGAUAUUUGGCUGUGCACUUGUUGUAAUUUUAAGUGUCAGUUUUUAUGCAUUUUAUAACUUAUAUCAAGCAGUUUUAAAAAAAUUUCAUUCUCACCACACCGAACUAUAAUGAUUUAAGACAUUAUUUAACAUAAAUGAAGUUCACCCGGUAUUAUUGUCUGCGGUGGCGAA